UGGUGGAGAUCAGUGGUACGUUGGGUUAGUCAAAGGGACUAACCUGUUUCAUGGCGUCUAACCAAUAUUUGCCAUGGUUACAUUUUAGAAAGGAACUUGAAUUUUGUACUGUGGUAUCGUGGAAGGGUUUGACCUGUUGUGAAGCACUAUCAAGUUUAUGGGGUCAUUCAUUGACAAGUAGGAACCCAGAGAAUAAAAACAAAAAGUUUUUGUAAGUGGGCGGGGCUUAUGCAUAGACAGGAAGUGGUCAUUUAGGUCUGUUCAGAACUGGACCCUGAUAAACCACUGUAAGUUUAAAGGUAUUAAGAUAAAAUUUGAGGGAUUUACAAUGAUUUACGUUCUGCCCUGCAGCGUAGAGCAACCGUUUUCAUCAGAUAUCUUCACCAAGUGUUUUUCUGCUCUCUGACCCAGUUUGGACCUGGCUGUGUCCAAAAUGAAAGAGAAAUGGAUCUAAAAAACAUGACUUCCUGUUGCCAGGGGGUGUGGCAAAUUCAUAAUCCAUUUAUUGACAUGUAGAAGAGAUCAGGAUCAGAUUAGCAUCCUAACAAUCGAUUUUGGUGCAGAUAUCUUAUUUUGUGUGGGAGUUAAAAUAAUUUAGGCUUUCAUGGUGAUAUAUCAGAUUUUGAGGCCCCGCCCCCGCUAUACGUGUACUUCUUUGAGAAACUUUUAAUCACACAUGCAAAGAGUAAGCGGUUUAUUCAAAUGUGAUGUCAGUAAAAUGCCAAAAUGGCGGCUUUGACACAAAAUGGCAGACUUCCAAAUCCAUAUCUUUUUUGUCCGCUCUGGCAUGUAUCUGUACCAAAUUUGAAAAAGAUUGAUGAACUGCAGUGGCGGGGCUGCAAAAAUAGGAGGCGCUGUUGAAUUAUUUUGCCUGAACAGUCCCAAGCUUGGGGCUAAUAAUAAUAUUAGAAAACAUUUAUGCUGCACUUUUCAAAGCACUACAUUAAAUCCAUUAUUUAUUCACUCUACAUUCACACUCUGGUGGUGGUAAGCUCUAGAGACUGACCAAAACAUGGCAGCCAGUCCACGCCAACAGCCAAACAUUCACACUUUUUUUUUGCUGAAACUGGAGGCCUCAUGGUUGCAAAUGUGUGAAAUGAGCCAUUUUCAUUUUAUAUGUUACUUAAAACCAUCAAGCCAAGCACAAGUUUCAUACCAAAAAAAAAAAAAAAAAAGCUUUUAAACUUUUUAUUUAUUAUUAUUGAUUUAAAAUGGGUCAGUUUGACCUGCAACAUACCUGUACGGUAAAAGCACAGUCAACAGAACCAAAUGGAUCGCUGUCAGACUAUUGAAAAUCAGGAGCAAAUAUAGAGCGCUUCAAAGCCUCUUACGACAGAGCCCGCUUACGAUUCCCUUUCCGUGCACAGCAUCCUUGAAUAGACCACACAAAGAUCCUUAAGCUAAAAUCCCUCCCUGGUAUUUAAUUCUAAAUGAGUAAUUACUGGGUGUGUCAGUGUGUCUUAGGUUUGCAGGUAGGCUGGGUGAAGGAGCUCAUUUGCACACUGGCUUUGGAGGGAAUUGCACUCUCACACAGACACACACAAUCUGAAAGUAAGUGGGAAUCCUUAGGAAGCUGUUGAAGACCCCAGUCUCUUAGGAGGGGACAGACCACAAACAGUCGCCAAGAUGUGUGACAUGGGGGGACUGGAUAACCUGGUGGCCAACACGGCCUACCUGAAAGCCCAAGGUGGUGAUGACAAGGAGAUGAAAAAGCGCCGCCGCAGCUUGUCUCUCCCCAAGCCGGAGCAAUGUUCUUCAACCAGAGGUUCCAUUGACAAGGACUUCACAUCAAUUUGUGAAAGGCAGCCUAUAGGGAAAAAGCUAUUCCGUGAUUUCCUGGCAAAUAACGCUGAGUUUAAGCUUGCAGCUGAGUUCCUGGAUGAGUUAUAUGACUGGGAUUUGUCUGAAGGUGCAGCCAAAGACAAAGCACGUCAAAACAUCAUGAACAAGUACUGCAAACCUGACUCCAAGACCUUCCUGUCCUUUCUUACCGGGGAGCCUGCUGAGAAAUGCAAGUCUGUCACAGAUGCCAACUUUGAGGAGGUGAUGAAAUCCAAGGUCCAGGAGGGUGUCAGAGAUUUUCUGAAAGGCAAACCUUUUACAGACUACCAGGCCAGUCCAUUCUUUGAUAAAUUUCUCCAGUGGAAAGAGUACGAAAAACAGCCCGUCAGUGAGAAAUACUUCUACGAGUUCAGAACUCUGGGAAAAGGAGGAUUUGGAGAGGUAUGUGCUGUUCAGGUUAAGAACACAGGCCAGAUGUAUGCCUGCAAGAAGUUGUGUAAAAAGCGGCUGAAGAAGAAGGGAGGCGAGAAGAUGGCCCUGCUGGAGAAGCAGAUCUUGGAGAAGGUGAACAGCCUGUUUCUGGUCAACUUGGCUUAUGCUUACGAUACCAAGACCCACCUGUGCCUUGUCAUGACCCUGAUGAAUGGAGGAGAUCUCAAGUACCACAUCUACAACAUUGGCUACGAUGGCAAGGGAGUGGACAAGGGCGUGGAGAUGAAGCGCAUCAUCCACUACACGGCGCAGAUCACCACCGGCAUCCUGCAUCUGCAUGCCAUGGAUAUUAUUUAUCGUGAUAUGAAGCCUGAGAAUGUGUUGCUGGACAGUCAAGGCCAGUGUCGACUGUCAGAUUUGGGUCUGGCCAUAGAGAUUGCUGAAGGGAAGACCGUCACCCAGAUGGCUGGAACAGGAGCGUACAUGGCUCCUGAGAUCCUGAACAAAACACCAUACCGGACAUCGGUGGACUGGUGGGCCCUGGGCUGCAGUAUCUAUGAGAUGGUGGCUGGUUACACACCUUUUAAAGGACCUGAGAGCAAAAAGGAGAAGGUGGAGAAAGAGGAGGUGCAGCGCCGCAUUCUUAGCGAGGAGCCAAAAUGGGAACACAAGUGCUUCGACGCUCCCACCAAGGAUAUCAUCCAGCUGUUCCUCAAGAAGAAAAUAGAGGAACGUCUGGGAAUGAGGAACAACAUGGAGGAUCCAAGGAAGCACGAGUGGUUCAAGACCAUCAAUUUUCCUCGUUUGGAGGCGGGGCUGGUGGACCCUCCCUGGGUCCCCAAACCCAACGUGGUCUACGCCAAGGACACCGGCGACAUUGCAGAGUUCUCUGAGAUCAAGGGCAUUGAGUUUGACGCCAAGGACGAUAAAUUCUUUAAGGAGUUCAGCACAGGCGCUGUCCCCAUUCCCUGGCAGCAGGAGAUGAUGGACACUGGACUGUUUGACGAGCUCAACGAUCCCAACAGGAAAGAGGGCAGCGGAGGCCUCGAUGACGAGAAGAAGUCCGGCACGUGUACACUGCUGUGAACGCACUUCCUGCGUUUUUGACUUCUCACACCUGAACACACUCAGUAAUUUGUUUUCUCAGUUUCAUGCACAGUUAACAUUGAUGUAAAAACAUGGAUCGCGUUUUGUGAGAGGCGAACACGAGCAUCUUCCUUGAGAAAGAUGUACCAUCCCUCGUUUGUGAGGAUGCUCACGGCUUAGAAGUCACCUGCUUUUUGAGCCAAAGUUCAGUAAAAUAUGAAAGAGAUGAUGUAUUUUUAUACAUCCUUCCUGGUUCACAGCUUCUCUUAAGACAUGCGCAUCUCAUGUUGUAGACCUGCAACCACCUUGACCAAAAAAACAACUGCUAGGAGUAAGAUUGUUUUUUCAUUAAAGAAACUAGAGUUAGAGAAGUUUGUUUUUAACCAGGCCGUUAUUUAACCCUCUGGUUAAAUAAAGAUUAAAAAAAAUUUAAGGCCCUUGUGCCAGCAAUAUUGUAUUACUUUAAGAUAUUAAAACAAUUUUUGCAGGAUUACUUUCUGAAGCAACGUUAUUUUCAGAAUUAUAUUGUUAAAAAACAACUUGUGAAAACAUGAUUUGGAUUGGUUUGUAUCAGUUUUAGUAAAAUGUGGAAUUUUGUAGCACUUUCUUGAUGCCAUCGUAAAACCAAACUGUUUCUGUAAUGAAAAAGAAAGUGCUUUUUAACCACAUUUGGCAGAGAUCAUUCUAACCUGUACCUCACAGCAUCGCAGCAUUUACAUCCAGGCGGUUUCUAAAGAGCCUGAUGUUUUAGUUUUAUAAAAAGUAAUUGUAUGUAUUGUACAUAAAGAAAUAUAUCUAUAUCUAUGCACAGAGGGAAGGUAAAUAUGUAAGUAAUAUCAAGUUUAGGGUAAUUUUACAGAAAACAAAGAAUUACAGAAACACCUCCCCAAAGAGCCCCUCCACUGUCGGUGCUUUCGCAGCUCAAGAAGAACAGAGUCUGAAGCCCCGGGAUGUUGGAGGAAGAGAUGAGCGCAGAAAUAGCAGCUCACCGCUGCAUGAGAUGGAGGACAAAACUUUUAGAGGAGUUGGGCAAUAAAUUCCUGUACCAGGAAUUCUCUGUCCACGGCCCUGAAACGGUGCAGCAAGUUCAGGGCUCGUUUCUUAGUUUGAGAUGAGAGUGAAAACUCAAACUAGCCAAGAUGAGUCUGUUGGGAUAGUUCAAAUAAAAAAAAAGACAAAAAAAGAAACAGUUAUUAUUCUUGUUUACUUGUCUCAGGGUAAUUAUUGGAUUUUAAACUGACAGUUUUGGCGCAGAGUUGAGUUUUUACAUGCUAAAAUACACACACACACACACACACACACACACACACAUAUAUAUAUACAUAUAAUCACACACAAACACACAUA